AUCGGACACCAGGCGGUGACCAAGCGGCUGAAGGCGGUGGUUGAUCGGAACCGCGACUCCGAUGAGGACAGCUGCAACAGCCCGGAGGCACCGCCGGACGUUCCGGAAGGAUAUAUGCCGGUGUAUGUCGGGCAGGAGAAGCGGAGAUUCGUGAUCCCGAUGACUUAUCUCGGCCAGCCGGUGUUCAGAUUGUUGCUGGAGAAGGCGGCAGAUGAGUUCGGAUUCGACCAAAUGGGUGCGCUCACUCUUCCCUGCGAGAUCGAGACAUUCAAGUUCAUUCUUCAAGUAAUGGAACAUCAACAGAAGGGUUUCAUUGACGAUGAAGGAACUUCCACUGACAAAGAAGAAUGAUCCAGUUGUGUGAGCUGCGGGCUACUCACAGAUUACUUC